GCGCAGGCGCGGAGCGGCGGUGAGGCUCAGUGCGCAUGCGCCGUAUGCUUAGUGAGCAUGCGCAUUAGGCGCGUCUGGUGGUUACCAUGGAGACGGCGUCGCUGGAAGCCGGGAAGUGAGCGCGGCCGCCAUGAGCUCGGAGCCGAGGCCGGGUCUGCCCUUCCUCCCGGGUUGCUCCUUCAGGGACCCCAUGGUGAGCGCAGCCCCUGGUCAUCCCAGCUCCCGGGAACCCUCGGCAUCGAAAACAUCCUUUCAUCGCUCGCAGACACUGGGAUACAAAAAUGGGUUUGCCUUUUCUCGGCUGCCAACAGUGGGGAUCGGCGGGGAGCGACUGUAUGUGAAUCAGCCUUCUCAAGCUGAAUUAGAUGAAUUAUCUAACACAGGACCCACGCUGACCUAUGGGCAAGCCAAGAAGGCUCCUCCUUCAGGCUUCAUUCCAGCACACGUGGCUUUUGACAAAAAGGUUUUGAAGUUUGAUGCCUAUUUCCAGGAAGAUGUUCCUCUCUCUACAGAGGAGCAUUACCGUAUUCGCCAAGUGGGUAUAUAUUACUAUUUGGAAGAUGACACCAUAUCUGUCACAGAGCCUGUUGUGAAGAACUCUGGUAUUCGUCAAGGCAAACUUAUCAGACGUCAUCGUGUGCCCAAGAAUGACCACGGGGAUCAUUACCACUGGAAGGAUCUGAAUCGAGGCAUCAACAUCACCAUGUACGGCAGGACAUACCGCAUCGUUGACUGUGACCCAUUCACACAGGUGUUCCUGGAGAGCCGAGGAAUUGAACUGAACCCUCCAGAGAAAAUGGUUUUUGAUCCCUACAUAGAACUGCGUCAGAUGCCCAUGCGCAUGUACAUCACGCCAUCAGAUUUUGACCAACUCAAACAAUUUCUGACUUACGACAAGCAGGUCCUUCGCUUCUAUGCCAUGUGGGAUGACACAAACAGCAUGUUUGGUGAGAAUCGACCCUACAUCAUCCACUACUACUUGGCAGAUGACACAGUGGAGGUUCGAGAAGUCCACAAGCCCAAUGAUGGCAGAGAUCCAUUCCCAGUAUUCAUAAAACGCCAACGCUUGCCGAAAACCUUUGUGGACAAGAAAAAGACCUUCCCAAGCUGUGUGCUGGAAAUCUCUGAUCAGGAGGUACUUGAGUGGUACACAGCUAAAGAUUUUGCUGUUGGCAAACCUACCACACUGCUUGGACGCACAUUCUUCAUCUACGAUUGCGAUGAGUUCACACGUAACUUCUAUCGUGACAAAUUUGGCAUCACAGACUUCCAGCCAGUGGAGAUAAAGAAGAAACCCCCCGAGGAAAUACCACAGGUAAUUCCUCCAUACAAUGGUUACGGCUUCCUUGAAGACUCCCUUCAGAACUGCUAUUCUCUAUUUCCAAAGCGUCCCCGGAAAGAUGUAAUUAAAAUGCUAGAGAAUGACCACAAAGUGCUGCGAUACCAGGUAGCCCUGGAAUCACCAAACCCUGUGGACACAAAGCGUCGCUUCAUCCUCUCUUAUUUCCUCUCCAAUGAUAUGAUCAGCAUCUAUGAACCACCAGUCCGUAACUCUGGCAUCAUUGGAGGCAAAUACUUAGGAAAGACCAGAGUUGCCAAACCAGGCUCUACUACAGAGAAUGCUGAGUACUAUGGGCCCUCUGACCUCACCAUCGGGUCUACUAUUGAAGUGUUCGGCCACAGGUUCAUUAUCACUGAUGCUGAUGAAUAUGUGCUCAAUUACAUGGAAAGCAAUGCAGAGAGUUUUCCUGCGACAACACUACAGUCCAUGAGGGAUCAUUUUCAUCCACGGCAGGUGGUGGAGGAGACUGCCAAAAGUGAUGUCCCUGCUCCAGGGACCAGCAAGCAGGAAUUGGAUGAACUAAUUGCACGGGUUCAGGAAGAGCUGAAGCUCCAUAACUACUUGAACUACAGCAACAUUCGGGAGGCAUUACUUCGUAGUGACAAGGAUGAGUCUGGUUUCCUCAACAGAGCAAAAUUUUUAUCCGUUUGUGACAGCCUGAAUGUGCCAACCAGCGCCGUUCUGGUUAACAAGCUGAUUGACCUGUGUUCCUGUGGAGAUGACAAGAUAAACUACCGUGACUUCCUUAGAGCCUUCCCCUCGUGAUCCUCACCUAGAAGCUGAAGCACAAGACCAGCAAUAAUUUCCUUAGCUGAGCUGACUGUAAGACCUCGCACUUCAAAAAGGAUGCUCUGGUUUUUGCCUUUGCUUCUUUUCCUCUUUCCCUUCCUUCCUUCCUAAUUUCACCCUUGCUUGAAUAACUUUUUACCUUCCCAACCUGCCCCUGCCAUUUUUGCUGCCACCAAACUCAACCUCAUAACUGCUGAAUAUUGAAAUGAAACCCCCAAGAAAAAAAAAAUGUUUUGGAGAACCACAGCCAGGUUCUUCUAUUGAUCUCUCAACUUUUUAAUGCAGUACGGCAAGGCUUGCUAGAGCUAAAGCCUGGAGUGAUAAGCAUCUAGAUUUCAUACAGAGUUGAAAGGGGCCUGCAGUGAAGACUGCCAGUUUAAAUUUUUAUUUGCAUUGCAAGAAGACCUAAGAGCUCUGUCAGAAACCAUAACAAAUGCACGCUUGCUAGUCUGACUUUAAGCAAGUUAUGCAUGGCUGCUAUAAAAGUGUUAAAAAGUAUGCUUUAAAUAAAUGUACCUCAAUGCCUGGAAUAGCUAAGGAUUAAAGUAAGAAAAAAAAACCACCACCACAAAGCCAAUCCUGACUCUGGCUGUACUUGAAAUGGAGUAGUAGUUUAGCUCUCACAUAUCUCAUGGAAAUUGCAGGGUCUGUACACAGAUGUGCUGACAGCAGCUUUGCAUUUUUUAACAAAUGGUUCGGAGAAAGGUUUUAAAACUGAGAUUACAUCUAAGCCCAUCUCAUGCAACCUGUCAUCUUACAGGAUAGGUCCAAUGAAAAGGAAAAACUAACCGUUGGCAUAGCAACAGGGCUAUGACACUUCUGCUCACACUGCUCAUCUCUCCAUGAAGGGAAACAUGGCAGGAGCCUUCUCAGCCCAGCUGACACCUGCCAGGUAUUGCCACUGAGCGCAGACGAAGGGCAGCUAUCAUGCACACAGAGAACAAAGCCCUUCAGAACAAAAUGCUUAUUUAACUCAGCUUUUGUGCUGUGGGUUCCCACUUCCACUGCCUCCCCUUGUUCAGGAAAGGUCACUGCUCUUCCCUUCUGGGCCCAUUUUGUGCUCCUCUUCUCUCUGACUGAGAAUUGUUAAAGCAAUCUCAGGUCUAUCUCAGAUUUCAAAGCAUGGCUUGACAUUGUAUGAGGUACCUUCCAAGCAGCAGCUGCAAAAGACUAACUUCUAACAGCCACUCUAAACAGCUUUUCCAGAGGCCCAUGAACUUGCAGAUGAAAUUACGGGAGCUACAGGAGGUAGUAAAGAAAGUCAGAAUUCGUUUUCUGCACAUGCUAUGAAGCUGUAACCUAAUACUUAACCAAACCAUGCAGCAUGCCCAGGGCCAGCUGCAGAAAGCAUACAAUUGAGCUCACCAGAAACUAUGCACCCAAGCCACAUCAAAUGAAUCAUAUCCUACAAAUGCCCAUAUCCUCCACUCCCAGCAAGCGAGGCAGCCGCUGAUAACUAACUCAGAAGCAGCUGCCUAUGCUGUAGACAUGGGAAAUUGAAGAAUAUGAGCCCUAGCUGUGGGGAAUACGAGGACCCACGAUGACAGACACAUCUAGCGUGGCAGGAGAGAGAGGAUCACAACCCAUCCCAGCCUGCUCUGUAAACUUAGCAGCAUGGUAAAGUGUCAGCAAGCAGCAGCAAUGGAAGAAUCUAUGCCUUUUAUUUAUUUAUUUCAGAAAAUACUUCUGUUGAGUUUAUCACAAAAGUCAUUGAACAACAAACAACAACGAACAUAAACCGUACGAAAAAAAUUUAUGUGACAGGAAGAAUGAAACAAAUGAGAUAUGGAUAAAAUAUUGGAGACUGUCACUUCCCCACCACCCCUCUCCAAAAUUCGAAACUUUGCAAUAAGGAAGAACAAAAAUUUUCCUCGAGUUCCUUUUGCUGAAGUUUUGGUCCACGGAGCUCAACAUACCUGAAAGAAAGCUACGUGCCUCUGCUGGCUUUCAUAACAGCCAUCCUUCCUCUCUGCCAGCAAAACCCCCACCCACAGCCCCGAGGCUACGUAACAAACUUCACAGUUUGAGUACAAAGCCUGCCAAACAAACCAUCUACUACAUGCUCACAAAGCUUCCAGGAAGGCUGUAAAUCAGACCCCAAAAUCUCCACCUACUGUUGGCGCACGUCAGGGUCCAUCUACCAAGACUUCAUCCAAGGCAAGAAGCAGCUGUUGCUGCAAAUCCCCAUGCACUGCAGCAAUGCUGGGGUACCUACAGGCUUUGGGAAUAACUUGGGGGUCAGAGGAGGAUCCUAGGGCAGUACUUCUCCCCUCCAACAGGGAAGCAUAUCAGAAAUACAUCUUAAAACAAUGAGAUAAGGGUAAAGGGUCCUACAGGGGAACUGGAACUUCUCUUUACCACUAACCCAAACAUGAGUAAGAAGAAUCCUAAACAAAAACAAAAACAAAACAAAAAAAAAAACAACAACAUAAC